AUGCAUUUCUCGCAGCUAUUGGCAUUUGCUGGUCUUUGCGCCACCCUCACGGGUGCAGCACCCGCCAGCCCAAAGCGUGACUCCACAGAAGUGGACAGGGCUUUUGGCAAUUGGUUGGCAAAGGAAAACAAGAACUCUGAGGUGGACAGGGCCUUCGGGAAUUGGCUGGCAAAAACAGACAAGCGUGCUGAGAUCGACGAGUCCUUCAACAACUGGAAGGGUGGAUGGAAGAAGCGCGACACUGAGGUGGAUAACGCAUUCAGCAACUGGUUGUACAGAGGGGAGAGUGCUGAGGUGGAUAGGGCUUUCGGCAAUUGGUUGGCAAAAGAGAACAAGAACGCCGAGGUGGAUGAGGCGUUCAACAACUGGUUGGCGGCAGAGAAGAAGCGUGCUGAGAUUGACGAAUCGUUCAACAACUGGAAAUCAGGAGGAAAGAACUAA